AUGACUAUUUUCGAUCCCAAUAUGAAGAAGAAGAAGAAGACGAGGAAACCCUUUGACAUGAGUUUACUCGAAGGCAACGAAGAGAGCGCCGACAGGAAGGACGACACCAAAGAAGAUCAGAUGGAGGGCGAGUCGGCUACAGAUUUGAGUGACUUUACGGGACUCAAGAAGAAGAAGAAGAAUAAAAAGACGUAUAACUUUGAAGAGAUGGAGAACUCAUUGCCUGUGGAUAAGGAAAAUCUGUCAGAAAAUGGCAAAACAUUGAGUCCGACGGACGCGGACGUAGAGGCGGACAACGCCGAUGAGGACGACCUCGACUUCGACUUCACGCGGAAGAAGAAGAAGAAAAAGAAGGUUAACUUCUCGACCGACGGCGCGGCCAACGAAGGCGCCGAAGAGACUGACGUUGUCGGCGGUCCGGACGGCGCCGACGACGCGGACGGACAGGCGAUUAGCGCUUCGUCGGUAUCGGGAAGUGUGUCGACUAAUAAAUGGUUAGAAUCGGAUCGCGACUACACUUACGAUGAAUUGUUGGAAAUUGUGUUCAAUAUAAUCAAAGAGAAGAAUCCGGAAAUAGACGCCGGCGUUAAGAAGAAGUUCGUUAUGAGACCGCCGCAGGUCUUACGGGUGGGCACUAAGAAGUCGUCGUUCGCCAACUUCUUGGAGAUCUGCCGCUCCCUUCAUCGUCAGCCUAAGCACAUGCAGGCCUUCCUUCUGACAGAGUUGGGCACAAGUGGUUCCGUCGACGCCGCCAAUCAACUCAUAAUUAAGGGACGUUUCCAACAAAAGCAAAUCGAAAGCGUUCUCCGAAGAUAUAUUAAGGAAUACGUCGCGUGUCAGACGUGCCGAUCGCCGGACACAAUCCUGCAGAAGGAGACGCGUCUGUUUUUCCUUCAGUGCGAAACGUGUGGUUCUCGGCGUUCAGUCACUAAU